GACUUGGGUUGCGUCCAAUCACGGGUUAAAAACGAGAAUAACCCGAGAGAUAUCUUACGUAAAUGACCCAGACAGUGAUAGACAGUCAGUUACCUCUGUUGACAUGACCUUGUCAUUUGUAGUGUCAAUUUCACUUUAGUACUACACGUCUACAAAGCGAUUGUAGUCUCUCAUAACAUCAGAAAUGGCAGCACAGCUGCACCACAACAGACGCUUAAAAGACAGAGCAAUUUGUAGCGACUCAGUCUUGUUACUACUCGGCUUGCUCUUCGCCUUGAUUGGUGUAGUGUUGGUAAUUAUUGGCGCUGUGAAGCUACAUGCAGCAAAUGAAAAAUGCGGCCAAGUCGAACCGUCUUCCGUUGCGAAGAAGCGCGUGUCCGUUGCUUCGUCGCAGCUUUGUCGUUUCUCUGAUGAGGCGGUUCGCGUUGGAUUGCCAGCUUUACUGGAAGAAGUGAAAACCGCUUAUUUUACUCACAAUCCUAACAAUGUGGCGUGGAAUCCUGACCUGAUAGGACAAGAAAUGACCGAAUAUGUGAAGACAAGAUAUUUCCCCUACGAUCCUUCCCCAGAGGCUCUUAAACGGAAAACGGACGCGGCGUUAGCGCUCUUGGAAAAACUGAAUAACGUUAAAGUAGACGAGAGGAAACUCAAGGCGCGAGAGGGAAAAGCCUUAUGGCAGGCAAAGCAUUUCCUACGUCACGUGUUCGAUUCGCCAUUUGACAUCAACUAUUACGCAGGUGAUUGGAUGAUGGGUCCAAACUACUUCUGCUGGCAGCCAAUCUGCUACGUGACUUAUGACAUCAAUUCUUUCGCGUGGCAAGUGAAGCCUCGUUCCUACGAGGAUCUACAAUUUGUGAUUGACACCAUUAUGAAACACAAGGACACGUUUGAUCGUUACAGAGAUAAUAUUGCCCUGGGAGUCAAAGCCGGCAUGGUUCGUUCGUCAAUUGACUGUAAAGCGGGUCUUGAUGCUUUUAAAGAGGAAUAUCCUGAAAUAGCAAAGGCGAAUGACUCAAUGGGGGUACUGGGGGAGUGGUCCGCCUCACUCUACCUUAAACCUGCUUAUCUAGCCAACUUAGAUUCAGGAGUGAACGCGCGGUGGCGAAUUGAACACUCAGGCCAGAGUGCAAGAGACGCCAUUAGAGAGGCCUUAGUGAAAGGUUUUGGAGAACCCGUACUGAACCUUAUUCAUUACCUUGAGUACGAACACAGUCGUCACUGUUUACCUGAAACAGUUGCCAGCGGUCUUGCUAAUUUGCCCGUGGACUAUGUGUACACGGACGGUGUCCCGGAUUUGGGGAAUAGGACGACAAAGGUUCUACCCGGUACUGAAAAGGCGUUGCGUGGCACUGACACUUAUCGCAUAAUUUUAUCGUACUUCACAACGUUUGAUAUUUCCCCUGAAGAUAUCAAUCAAGAGGGAAAUAAGCAACUCAGUAUCUACAUGCCACAGGUGUAUAAAAUUGCAAAGCUUUUGACUCGCAUAAAUAAGAGAUCUAAAGCAGUGGAAGCUUUUAAGCUUCAAUUGGAUGCAGCUGACCAGUGGCACAACACGGCUCCAUUCCCAGUUAAUGAGAGCGACGAGCUUGCGUACAAAGCGUGCCACGAUCCAGCCUCUGCCAAGAUUCAUUGCCCGCAGCGCUGGGCGGCCGUGGAGAAAUGGAGCGAGUACAUUGAAACUGUGAUGAGCAUGAUUUAUCCGAAGAUCCAAUCCAUGUUUUACUUUACUGGUCCCAAGGCUACCGCGGCCAACUGCCCAAUACAAAUGUUACCCCACUACAACCCGUCCAAUGGCGCCAUGUUCUUUCGUCCCAGCAGAGGAAACUGUACCACUCCCAGUUAUUUUGGUCUUCCUUUUUUUCUGAAGAGGUAUGGGCCAAAGUUCCAGGAAUGGUCUGUAAUCGGGCACGAGUCGAGGCCUGGGCACCACACUCAGAUGCAAGGAUUGAUAGAACAUUUUCGAGACAAGUGCGGCGGAGUUCCGCGGUGGCUUGAUAAGAAAACCUCGUACAUAGCGUUCCAGGAGGGCUGGGCUCUAUACGCGGAGAGUCCUCUGCUCGCCCAAGACGCUAAUCUUUAUGAACAGAACUAUCUACAGCUGUAUGGCAUGUUUAAAUGGCAGGUAUGGCGGGCUGUGAGAUUGGUAGUGGACACCGGCCUUCAUUACAGAGGAAUGACAAGGUCAGAAGCACUCAAAAAGUUUGAAGACUAUACAUGGGAUACUACAGACUUUGCAGUGAAGGAAGUGACUCGAUACCAGAGCGUUCCCGGCCAAGCUACAGCCUACAUGUUGGGGAAACUGAAACUAGUAAGCAUGCGCAAACAGGUGGAGAAGGCAAUGGGCAAGUCGUUCAGUUUACCGGAGUUUCAUUAUCAACUUCUCAGCCAGGGAUCUGCUCCUCUGGGCUAUCUUCAAAGUCACAUUGACAAAUUCAUAGAUUGCUAUACGAGAAAAAUAGACCAAGAACUUUGUUCUGAUAUCUUAAAGUACACUGAAGGACGGGAAGACGAGGAAAGGACAUCACAAAAAGAUCUAGACCUUGAGGAAAAUCUUCCACCGAGCCCUCCCAAGAGAAGUUUUAUCUAACAGCGAUUGUUAGAUGGAACUUUGCGCUCAACUACAUAGAUAAACACUCACAUAACUUGCAACGUUUUGAACUGUCUUGGAACACCCAUGCACGGGGUAAGGGAUAUAUCUUUGUUUAAUGAUUAACUUACGUCAGCGUCGACCAUAGCAAGCGCAUGCGCCAGAUGUAUGUCACGUGAUCGCUUGUUCAUGCUAUCUGGGCCCUAGCUUUCUCUUCUGUUUUCUCGGUAACAAUAUGUUAGUAUAUAAGCUGUUUAUCUUCAAUUUCUUGUCUCGUAACUUUGCACUCCUUUUCUUCAUCAAGUAACAGUCCAUAACGUUUUACAGACAACGAACACGUUUAAUUGCUAAAACAUGUUACGGUUCAAGAAAUUGUGCCAGAGAGAAUGAUUCAUACGGAUUCUCUCAAAUUAUCGCCAGUCAUUGGCCUCAAGUAUACUUGUUUUAGCAUGAUUUGCAGUGUAAAACGGAUGAAUGAAUGAAAGACUUUAUUUAAGUGUCAAUGGUAUUUAGCUUAAAAAAACUAA